GUGUUGACAGAAAGAGCAGAAGAGGAGGUGGGGUGGAGGGAGCAGAGCCAGGGAUUAGGGGGCUACUGAGGCUCUGGAGAUGAGACCGCCAGGAGUCCUUCCCCACCAUGAGCCCCCUCCACUCCUGCAGCUGGAGGAGUUUUUCCCAGUCUUGGUGCUCCCCUGAGGCGAGAGAGACUGAACAAGCUGUUUGGGUGGGAAAAGAGAAUGGAGGAAGUUGACAGGGAUGGGCGGGGCCCGUGGGGGGGCUGACCAGGAACCCAGCUUCCUGCUCAGUACCCAGGCAUCCAGCCCCCAGCUCACCCCCACCCCUUCCAGCCCCCACUCCCCUCAGGAACCCAAGGUUCCGGCCCUCCUCCCAAAUCCCAGCCACCCCUCCCCCACCAGUUUCUCCCCUCCAGGGGAUGGAGGCUGAGAGACCCCAGGAAGAAGAGGAUGGUGAGCAGGGCCCCCCUCAGGAUGAGGAAGGCUGGCCCCCUCCAAACUCCACCACUCGGCCUUGGCGAUCUGCUCCUCCGUCCCCUCCUCCUCCAGGGACCCGCCACACAGACUGAACUCCUUCUGGACCUGGUGGCUGAAGCCCAGUCCCGCCGCCUGGAGGAGCAGAGGGCCACCUUCUACACCCCCCAAAACCCCCCAAGCCUAGCCCCUGCCCCACUCCGUCCUCUCGAGGACAGAGAACAGCUUUACAGCACUAUCCUCAGUCACCAGUGCCAGCGGAUGGAAGCCCAGCGGUCAGAGCCUCCCCUCCCUCCAGGGGGGCAAGAGCUCCUGGAGUUGCUGCUGAGAGUUCAGGGUGGGGGUCGAAUGGAGGAGCAAAGGUCCCGGCCCCCCACACACACCUGCUGAGACUUGAGCCCCCAACCAGCCCUUCCUCGCCACUGGUCUCAAAGCUGGGCAGCCCAUUGCAUGCCCUCAACUCUUGCUUGGCAGGGGUACCAGAGACUGAAAGACACAGCGCAAAUCUCAAUAUUCAUCUCCCACAUCACCUUCCCUGGGAACUGGACCGGGUGAAAGUCCUCAAACUCUGGGAACAGGCGAGGUGGAACGGGGAUUUAACUCCCCGCCCACAGGUCCAUGGGAGCUUGAGGCAGUAAGGGGGAUCCCAGGCACCCAUCUCAAGGAGUGGCUGGGAUUCUUUUCCCUAACUUGUGGGGACACCACCAAUUGUCAAGCUACUAGGCACUAGGGUCUGAGGGCUCAGGCCUCCACCUGAAAGGUUAUAACCUGAGAGACAGCUCUACCCUUCCUCCCAGUAAGAAGGGAAGGUGGGUGGGCACCUGAGAGAUUAAGACUAUUCUCCCAGUCCCACUACCAGCACCCCCCAUCCCUGAGACUGAGGGGUUUACAGGCUGUGAAUGGACCUUUAGCCCUGCCCACCCUCCGUCCCCACUGCUCCUGAGUCUGUCUGAUGUUUUCGUUGUGUGAAUAAAUGUAAUUCCCCUCUGGA